AUGUUUCAGCAAUUAUUAUUUAAAAAAAUAUUUCCUUAUGUACCAAAAUAUUAUUGGUUAAAUCGAAUAAAUCAGAUUUCAAAUAAUUCAAUAAAAGAUGGGAAUAAUAAUUGUGAACCAAAGACAAAUGUAUUUGAAAAAAUCUCUUUGCAAAAUUCAUAUAAGAAACAAGAAGUGUUACAUUUACUUGAAAAAGCUGCAACAUUUGAAGAUGCUAAAGAUAAAAAUUGGAUGACAAGUCCAUAUCCUAAGGAUAUUUCACCAAAAAAAGAAACAAAACCAAGUAUUAAUCCAAAAACUACUUCUGUUUUAUUAUUUCCUGGUCAAGGAAUUAUUAAAGUUGGUAUGAUUAAAAAGUACUUGAAUUAUUAUGGUACUAAGGAACUUUUUGAAAUAGCCAAUGAAAUAAUCAAUUAUAAUUUAUUGAAACUUUGUUUGGAUGGUCCACAAGAGAAAUUAAAUAGAACUGAAUUUAAUCAAGCUGCUACAAUAUUAUUAUCUUUAGCCGCACUAGAAAAAAUUAAAGUAGAAAAACCUAAAGUAUUUGAAACUUGUGUUGCUACAGCUGGAUAUAGUGUAGGAGAGAUAACUGCUUUAAUUGUCUCUAGUAUAAUAACUUUUGAAGAUGGAAUACGGUUAGUAUGGACUAGAGGAAAAGCUAUGCAAUGUGCUGCAGAUAAAGUACCUCAAGGAAUGUUAUCUGUCAUUUGUACACCACAAACAAAAAUUUCACAAGUUUGUGAAGAAGCAAACAAGUGGGCAAUGAACAUAGGUAUUGAAAAACCAAUAUGCAGAAUUGCUAUUUUUUUAUGUUCAGAAAGAAAAAUAAUAGCAGGAAAUAUAGAAGCAUUAGAAUAUAUUGAAAAAAAUAAAACACAAUUUAAUUUAAAAAAUGUAUCUAGAUUACCUGUAUCUGGAGCUUUUCAUACACCAUUGAUGGAACCUGCUAUAAAAUCAGUUUUUAAAAUGUUAAAUUCCAUAAAAAUAAAUGAACCUAGAUGUAAAGUAUAUUCCAAUUAUAAAGGCUUGCCAUAUAGUAAUUUACGAACAGUGAAAAAAUAUAUAUUGAAACAAAUUGUCUCGCCAGUUAAAUGGGAACAAUGUUUGCAAAAUAUAUAUAGCAGACCUAAGGAAACAUUAUUUCCACAAACAUAUGAUGUAGGAUCAGAAGGAAGAAUGAAAACUAUUUUAAAAUUAAUUAAUGCAAAAGCAAGUAAAUCAUGUACAGUAAUUUAAUUUAUAAUUGCUAAGAUCAGAUUUUAAAUAUAUAUUUUUUAUUUAA